AUGCUUCCCUUCACAGCUUUAUCAAAUGCCUCUUUGUUGCCCGAUUUGACGAGAUCAAGACGAGAUCCAAGGAUGACAAUCAGAUUAUUGAUGUAUGAGAGCAUGGCUGAAUUUUUCAACGACAAAAGAGACACUCCCUCGAGGUCUUCUGACCCGGUCAUCAGACUUUUCACCAGUUCCGGCACAUUGUUCGAGUCUUCUAACGCCGACGCAACAGUGUCUAGCGACGUGGACGUCGACUUUAUCGACUCCUCAAUGGAUUCUAGCAAUUUAUCUAAAGACAUAGGAAAAUUUUAUGCACUGUAA